GACCUGGCCAACGGCCAGAGAUGGAAGUUGACGCCUUGCGCCGGGGGGUCCGCAGGUUGGACUUCGACGAGGCGAUGCCGGCCGUGCCGCCACACCCGCCGCCGACGCGUUGGCAUUGCCCUGUGGCCGGCUGCCCGUGCGCCGACCCGGCCAGGCACCAGGGUUGGGCCAACGCUCAAGGCCUCCAUCGCCACUUGGACGCGCACGUCAGCGGGCAGCUCGCCGGCCAGGUGGAUCCCGAGUGGUUUCGCCGGCACGGCCGCGCUCGAUGCCGAGUCUGCGGCCUCAGCGUGGGGGCCAAUCGGGGAGUGCACCCCGCGUGCCGCCCAGCGGACCGCGCAGCCCUCCGGAUGGCCGCCGCGCCGCAGCCAGUCCACGCGGCCGCCGGCAGAGGGGUUGGGGAAGGCCGCCCGUCCCUGGCGAGCGUCCACGCCGCGAGCGUGCCUACCCUCCGGUACGUCCCCAAGCGUGCCCCGGCCGCCUGGUCCCGCGCGCUCACUCGUUGCCUUGCGGGUGUGGUGGCGCACAACUCGGUGGCUGCUGUGACGGACUUGCAGAUGUUGGCCAAAACUUUCCUCAGCGUGCCCCCGCGCACUGGCCGCGACCACGAAUCGGCCCUCGCGGCGUUCACGUUGGAACGACUCGCGCGCUGGGAGGCGGGCGAGCGACAGGCGCCUGCCGAGCCGCUCGGGCACCUGGACUCGCUCCUGGCCGCGCCAGAGCUCGCGCCCAACGCCGUGCUCAAGGCCUUGCGCGCUUUCCCAAAAGGCGGUUUUCGGCUCCUCGGCGCGCCGAUCGGGGACCAGGUCUUCACCGAGGCCUUCACUGAGCGACGGGCUACCAAGGUGGGGCCGACCUUGGCGGCGCUGGAGACCCUGCACCCGCAGGUUGCCCUCCUUCUUCUCCGGCACUGCGCGAGCUUUGGCAAACUGGUCUACUGCGCGCGCACCGCGCCGCCGGAACUGCAGGCUGGCGCCUUCCGAAGUUUCGACGCCGCGCAGCGGGCUGCCCUGGGGGGCUUACUGGCCGCGGACCUGACAGACGCCCAGUGGCACCAGGCCUCCAGGGGUCUGGCGCACGCCGGCCUGGGCUUGCGGCGGCUGGAAGCGCGCGCGGCGGGCGCCUACCUGGCGAGCCUCGGCGCCACGCGGCGCCUGUGCUCGGAGCUGGACCCGGCGCACAGCUGGGCACCGGAGGACGCGGGCACGCGGGCUGGAGCUGCUCUCUCUGCGCACAACGCGCAGCUCCCGCAGUCCGCCGGCCUGCGCCCGGGCGCUCUCGAGACGGCCAAGCAGAAGGACCUCUCCGCCGCGCUCGACGACUGCUGGCACCGACACUUUCUGGAGAACCUCGGGGCAGCCGACCGCGCGGACAUCCAGUCCGAGCUGCUCCCCGGCGCGCCGGGCUUCCUGGAAGUGGCGCCCAACGAGAAGCUGGGGCUGCUUUUCGAGCCGGAAGAGUUCCUCACCGAACUGAGGAGGCGAAUUCUGCUGCCAGUCUACGACGCGGACCACUUCUGCCCCUGUUGCGACGAGCCUUGCGACCGGCACGAGCGACACGCGGGCCUCUGCGCGGGCGCGGGGGGCCGGGUUUGCCGGCGCAACGCCUCGCGCAAUUUGGUCGGGCGAUUCGCCGCCGCUGCCGGCUGCAACCCGGAGCUGGAGAGGCCGGGGCUCCUGCCGCCGCGCCCGGGCGACGACCGCGCCAUCGGGCGCCGCCCCGCCGACGUGUACAUCCCGAGCUGGCACCUAAUUAGCUGCGCCUGUCAGUUCAACUCGGACGAGGGGGCCUUGAAGCUGCUGGAGAGGCAGCUGGAUCGGUGCGGCCCAGAGCACCUGUGCCCGAAGUGUCUGACCUGCCCAUCGUGGCCGGCGCCGACUCCUUGCCCGCCGCACUGGCCGACGGGGCUGGGCGGCUUCGUCGCGGGGGUGGCUUCCACCGCGCUGCUCGGCCACUGCGUCAGGCGUUGCGGCGGCCGGGCGGGCGCGUCGGCCCGGGCAGCGCGGGUCCCCUCGCAGGGCUCGGCGCUCGAGCUUGGGGGCGCGCCCCAGGCCCUGCCCGCCGCGGGCGCGGCCCCGCAGGCGCUCGCCCGCCGGGGCAGCGCCAUGGCGACGCUCCCGCCUGAAGCGUUCGCCUUCGUCCAGUAUGAUGAUCCAGCCGACAAUCGGCCCUGGCAUGAACGCCUGAUCAUGGGCUGGAUCUCGGGCGCGGAGCACGUUGUGAUGACUCCCGAUGGGGGCGUCUUCAUCGAGCAGCUCGACUCGGCCAACCGCGACCUCUCGGGCGUGCGGCUCUGCAGGUUCGCGGCCCAGCCCGCCGGCGCUGACCUCGCGGCCCUGCUCGCCGAGGGGGCCUCUCACGCUCGCGUGGAGCGCCGGGCGAGGGGCCUGGCUCAGCCCCGGGGCGCGGGCGCGGCGGGCGGCCCUGGGGGCGCCGCCCCGGUCGCGGCCCCUGCGCCCUUGCCGGCGGCGCCGCCGCCGGCCGCGCCAGGGGCCCCGCCGCCGCCGCCGCCCGCCCCGAGGCUGGCGCCAGUUGGCGGAUGUUGGGUCUUCGCCGUGCCUGGGGCCACUCACGCGGUCGGGCAAGAGUUCAUGUAUCCCGCUGGUGCGCUGGACUUCGGCGGCCGGGCGUUCGUGACCGUCGGGGGUGACAUCGCGACAGGCUCCUUCGUCGCCGCCGACGUGGACUUGGAUGUGUGGGCUGCGGAGCGGCAGCUCUUCCUGACGCGGGGCGAUGCUCGCAUGGAGAUCCGCCUGAAGGGGCCGCCCAGCAUGGGCGACACGGUGUCAGCGCUGCAGGUUCGGAGCCCAGGCGGCUUCAUGGCCUCGCGCGAGCGCUGGCUUGUGGAGAGCCGCGUGCCGGCGAGGCCGAUUUUGCCGGCGCUGGCCGCGCCCGCGCUGGGCAGCGCCGGGCGCCGGCCCGUCAGUCUUCGAGGCGCCCUUGACUCGGGCGCCGCGCACGCGCCGUCGCACUUUCAAGAGCUCCUGGCAGAGCCCGAGGUACCUGAGGGCAGGCAGUUGUACUGUGCAUGUGCGGAUAUCCAGUGCGCCUUCUAUCAGCGUGGUGACGUCGGUGAUCUGUGUCAGUAUUUCUGCCUCCCGAAGGUCAGCCGAGCCGAGGCUCUCCGCGCAGGCAUCCCGGUGAAGUAUCCGAAUGACUCGAGCGACUUCGUCGACCCGGCGAUGCAGGAGACCCGGGACCGCAUCGUCGCCCAGUUCGAGGCCGAGGUUUUCGCCGUGCACGAUAUCUCAGAGGCGUCGUCGGAGGGCGUCUUUCUGGGUGCUGAUGUCGGAGGACUGGGCCUUAGUACUCGUCGGUCCCUCAAGAAGUUAUUGGUCGUGAGAAAGGCUCUGUUCUGGCUUGCGUCGGGACCGUAUGUCAGUGGUCGUCAGCUCGAGUUGAUCUUGGGACACUAUGUUGCCGCCUGCCUCUUCUGUCGCCCGGGAUUUGCGGUCAUGCGUGCGGUGUAUGAGUUUGCGAGGUCGACCUACGACAAGCCCAGGGUCUUGUGGAAAAGCUGUCGCUACGAGUGCUGGGUGAUGGCGGUCCUCUGCAUCCAUCUCCAGUCUCCCCUGUCUUUGCCAUGGGCCAGCGAGGUGGUUGCCACUGAUGCGUCCACGUCCGGGAUGGGGGUCACCGAAGCCUCGGUACCGCGGGAUGUUUUUGCCCAGGCUGGGAGGCCUGCCGCGGUGGAGCCGCUGCGGCGCCCAGCCGCCGCGGCCGGCAAGGGGGCGCUCCGCCCACGGCUGCAGGCGGCGCUGGCGGCCUUCGUGGAGUUCGUGGGUCAGCCGGCGGAGACGCUCGACGAGCUCGAGGUGCAGGUGCCGUCGGUGCUGGACAUGUUUAUGCACGCGGGCUGCGCGAAGGGCGACGCCGACUACCUUGUCGCCUCCGCGGAGGACGCGCUGCCGAUGGCGACGGGCUCUGCGAUCUCGGGGCUCCUCUCGCUGGGCGAGCGGGAUACCGCGCCCCAGGUGCUCGCGACGUGCAGCGCGUUCAUCCGCCCCGGCGCGCUGAGGAAGGUGCUGGUCAGGGAUCUCCUUCAGCCAACGCGUGCCGGAGGGGCCAUGGCGACGUGGUCGCUCCUCCUGGCGCCGACCUCGGCGCGCCCUCUGGCCCCGUUCGCCGAGGGUGCGAACCCGCCUCGGUUCCUGACAAAGACGGGGACGUCCGACGAGGCGGUGCCGCUCGACAACCCGCUGUGGCUGGGGCCCCUGCUUGCCCUUCGCGAUCAUGGCCGCCAGGGCCACGAGCUGCUCUUCACCACGACGGGGAUCGAGAUGGCCGUCCUGUUCCGGAGGGUCACCGAGGCGCAGGGGCUGCAGGACGUGUGCCUGUGCCAGCUGCGGCGCGGCGGGGCGAGCGAGGACGCGCCGUCGGCGCGUCGGGCGCUCGCCGAGGUCAAGACGAGGAGGCACUGGAGCCAGGGCAGCAGUGUGAAGCGGUAUGCAAAGCUUGGCAUGGUACAGCAGCUGCUGUCGGCGCUGUCGCCCGCCGCCAGGGCUCACGGCGAGGUCCAGUGGACGAGGCUCCAGGCGGACCCCUUCGGGAAGGUCAAGCAGAUGAUCAAGGAGCUGAUCACCCGGCUGAUGGAGGAGGCCUCCGACGAAGCGGAGCACAAAAGCUGGUGCGACACCGAGCUGUCGACCAACGAGCAGACACGGAAGGAGAAGACGGCGCAGGUGGAGGCCCUCCACGCGGAGAAGGACCAGCUGGAGAGCUCCAUCGCCAAGCGCGCUCGCUGCUUCCCGUCGUGUGCUCUGUCUCCCCCUCCCUCUCUCUCUCUCUCUCUCGCGACGCGCUGCGCAUCUUGCUCCGGGAGUUGCUGGACGUGCGGUUGGCGCUGGAGAGAUGGCGCAUGCACGGCUGGCGUUGGAAACUUGGCGUGCGGUGUGGCGCCGCCAGCCUGCUCGCUGCAGCCCACCUCGGGCACAGCGUGCACCGAAGAAGCCCCAGCGGUGGGGACAGCGCGCACGGAGGGUGCCCUCGCGGGCCGCCUCGCAGGGACGCCGCGGUUGUCGGAGGCCGAUGCUGCACCCUAUCUUUUCAACGCCAACGGUGCGUAAUGCGGCGCGCGUUCUGUCAAAGGGGAUCAAGACGCCCGCGGGCUGCAGCUGGGCCGCUUGUCGCGGCACUGCCCGGCUCCGUCCGUCGUUCGUCUUUCUCGCCUCCAGCGUCUCCAGAGGCGCUUGCGUGCGCAGGGAUGGCAUGAUGGCACGGGGAGUGGAGAAAGCAGGCUCAGCAUCGCUGGGCCAGGACACAGCCAUCUGCUGAAUUGGCCGUGUGGGCGAGCGCGCCAGGUGUGUCGCUUGGACGCCUUCGCCCGCAGUGCGGCACGCUGCCCUGCCCCCCAAGGCGGGCCUCUCGAGGCGGAGCUUCGGGCCUCGCGCCUCUGCUUUCUCCCACCGGCGUGCCUCCCGGGGCCGCCUCCUCGCUGUGUGUGCCCGCCGCCCAGGCCGUCCUGGCAUGCCUACAGUCCUACCACGAACUGUUCGUAGAACCCACAAAUGCUC